AUGGAUUGGGACACCCACUGUUGGCACAAGCUGUGUGAAGGCUUGCGCUACAUCCCGGCGGAAUGGCGCCCAGAUCUUCCUCAUGAAAAGCGGCUUGCGCUUCUGGCCAGAGAGGUGCAGUUGCACGAGUUGUACAACUGCAGCCCCAAGCUGCGCCAUCGCGUCAGAUGCAAGGGAGGACUUGGCAAGUUGUGGAAACUAGUGAUUGCCAAGGGUGCUACUGCGACAUGUUUGACGGAGGCCUUGCCAGGGCCAGUGAGUCCGUGCCUGAUGCAGGCUACGGAAGAACAGGAGGAAGCUGCUUGGCACAAGCUCCUAACUGACCUUCUCCAAUGCAAGCCAGAAUCCUUCCAUCACAAAUCCGCCAGCGAUUGUGGCCGAGUCCUGGGCAAGCACUUGCAACUGGCAACCCGGGAGCAAGCAUGCCCGAACUUGCGCAAGCGAAUCAAGUCCGAGGGCGGGCUUUGCAAACUCUGGUUCGGGCUGCAUGCGCAGACUCAUACUUCUGCGAACCAUGCAGCAGAGUCAGGCAAGCCCUGUCAAGACCAGCAGGCAGCGCCCUCCUACAGCGAGAGGACAGCCAACCCUGCUCCUGGUUUGGCUUCUAGGCGCAGUGCUGCUUCCCAGUCUCCGCACGAGCCCUUUUUUCGCAGAACGCCAGAUUGGGAGAGCUUCCCGUGCAUCGGAGGGGACACUGCAGAUACAUCCGCUGACGACGGCAUCAAGACCCCGGAAAUUUGGCCGGAUGAGUACCCUACUCGUAGGAUUGAUUUGCAAGAAGUACAUGAUUGUUUGCAGCACAAGCUUCAUUUCAUCUCAUGA